AUGUCUUCUAUAACCGACUUAACAGAGCGUCUUCUGGAGAAGAUCGUCAAGCUUCUCUGCUCGCACUGCCAUCCUCCGCCUCCAUCACAAACCUACUGGGGCAUGUACUGCAACGACAGCUGCCCGAUCGGAAAGCCCGAGCAUGGGAGACGCAUGGCUCUCGCCAACCUCUGCCUGACGAAUAAACGGCUCAACUCCGCCGCCACGCCGAUCUUGUAUCAUCGAUUCCACCGGAGGGACGAGAUCGCGUUUGCGAAAACCCUCUUCAAAUGGCGCCCCGAUCUCGCACAGCAUGUCAGGUCGCUCCACCUCGGCGCGGACGACGAGCUCACCUUUGGACAGUCCAAAGACGGGGAACUAGUACUCAGAGAAAUAACGAACCAACUCCAUCAUUUGCGCAUAUCACAAAACGACGAAGGCAAGGAGGAGGAUGGACCGAUGCUACUGAGCCUGCUCAUCGGCAGGUGCACGAACAUCGAGGAUCUCUGUCUCACCGUCAGCUGGGACGGCAACCCGGUCCCGUUCUGUCCCCCGGGAUCGCUCCCGAAGUUGGAGACGCUGUCCCUCUCGCACUGGGACGACGAGGGCGGUUUCGAUCUCGCGUUCGCGACGGAGAUCUUCCUCGCCGCACCAAACAUCACAUCGAUAUUUGCCUACGCCGUGACUGAAGUCGGCGGAGGCUUGAAGAUGGCAAACGUCACGGAAGUUACCCUCCGCAACAGCUUCCUCCAAGCCGACGCCUUCAACCGUCUUCUCAGACAGCUGCCGAGCUUGGAGAAACUGACGUAUUAUGUUGGAGACGCCAUCAUGGACGGGGAGGCACCUCCAAGGGCGCGCGAUAUGCAGGACGCCAUUCUGGAGCAUGCUCCGAGGUUGAAGUUCCUGAAGCUCUUGAUGCUCGAAGACGACAAUGAGUACCGUCGAAGCGAUGGUAUUGUCGACGAAGACAUGAUGAGGUCGCUGAGGGGGUUGAAGCAGCUGCAAGAGCUGCGGCUGGACGCGCAGUAUCUUGUGGUCCCCCGUUACGAGGAAGACGAGACGGACAUGGGACCUCGGACGUUGGUGGACAUAUUGCCGCAUUCGAUCCAGCUCGUAGGAAUCGAGUGCGGUGACUACACUUGUAGCACGAGGACUCUGCUGCCCGCAAUACUGGGACUUGGGAAGGUUUGUAAAGUUGAGUUCCCGCACUUGAGAUCGUUUCGCGUGUCAGGUCUAGACGGGUUGGAAGAGGCAAGGGAGAUAUUUGAGAGCAGUGGAGUUGAGUUCAUUACUGAGUAUGUCUAA